GCAAUUCUAGCCUUUGAAUAAGCCAGUGCGUAUUUUCUCAUUGAUUAAUAUUAUCAAUAUGAAUGUGGAUAAAGAGUAUUGUAUUCCCAGCAGUGAUACUGACGUAAAUUUUAAAAACAUUGCUAAAAAAUUGGUUGGCGAAUCUGCGAAAAGUAUAAUAUCUUGUGAUGUAUUACCUGCUUGUGAUAAAGGAGAAAAUUUCUCAAGUAUUCUUCACAGAAUUGUAGUUAAAUAUCUGGAUGAAAAGGAUACAAUAUCAAUAGCAAAAUUUAUUAUAAAGAUCAUGCCGCCUGGAGAUAGAGGAAAAUUUAUGGAAAAGCACAACAUUUUUAACCAUGAAAGACACGUUUACCAAAUGGUACUACCACAGAUAACUGCUCUGCUAUCACAAAUAGGGGACUCCACUAAAUUAUCUCCAGAUUGUAUAACUGUCUUAUCUGAACCAUGUACAAUUGUUCUAGAAGAUAUGUGCAAUUUAAAUUAUGUUAUGGCCAGUAGAAAAGAUGGUUUAAAUUUACAACAAACACUUGACAUUUUGAAAAAAAUCGCCAAGUUUCAUGCAGCUUCUGUUAAAAUUUACGAAGUUAAUCCUGAGACAGUUGAAACAUUACUCAAUAGAUCUAUAUCAGAAUGCAUAAAUUCUUUUUGCAUUUUUUAUAAGCUUGGUACAAUAUCCCUUCGUGAUGAAGUCAAGAAAUGGUCUGGAUUUGAUGAUGUCGCAGAGAAAUUAAACAAACUUAAAGAUAACAUAAUACAAAAAUGCAUUGAUUACUAUAUAACAAAGUCAUCUUUCAACGUACUCAAUCACAAUGAUCUUUGGACAAACAAUUGUAUGUUCAAGUAUGAUGCAGAAGGAAAAUUAAUCAACUCUGUAAUUGUCGACUAUCAAUUUGUGUACUGGGGUUCUCCGGCGAUAGAUCUUAACUACCUGUUCUUCACAUCUGUCGAUAAUAAUAUAAGGAAAACCAAAUGGAAUUUUCUCAUUCAUUAUUACCAUACGAUUUUAAGUAAGACGCUUAAGGACUUGGAAGUAACCAGUCCGAUACCUAAAGUAUCUGAUAUUCACAUGGAAUUAUUGCAGAAAGGAUUACAUGCCAUUAUAGCCUGCCUUAUAAAAGCAGCUGUCAUCUUAGCACCAGCCAACACUGUUGAUGUAAACCUCAUGCUGUCCGAAAGCUCUGAAGGAUCAUCCUACAGACAAAAAUUAUUUUCCAAUCCAAAAUAUACAGAUUUUAUCAAACCCCUUAUUUGGGAGUUCUAUUGGCUUGGUUAUUUAGAUUAGAAUGUAUAUAUACUAAAAGUUUUCAGCAAAUUAAUUGCUUUUAAGCAAUCAUAAAAGCACAUGCUUAAUCAGUCAUUGUUCAAGCCAUUCACAAAAUUGAUAAGAAUAAUUGUAUUGGUGUUAUAAGCAAAUAAAAAUAAUCAUAAUA